CUCACACACUGGACUCAGCCGGUUUGUUUACUACAGCAGCAGAAAGAUGAAAUUGAUUCAUGACCCCGCCCCCUGUCUUCUCCACCUGCUGCUGUUGGCUGAGCUGUUUGUCCAUUCAUCAUCUCGUCCCACCCACAGUUCCCCCCUCUGUGGCAUGUUCGGAGCCAUGAUCCCUCAGGUGGAUAAGCUGAUGAACCUCUCCAAAAAACUCCAUGACCUGUCAGAUGAUGAACUCCUAAACUUCGCUGCUUUGGAAAACAGACUUCAUGGUCUUCCUCACAUGCAACACACUGCUGCUCAUUUCAAUUCACCGAAGAUUAAUGUGUCCCUGUCCCAGCUCUCUGUGUACACUCAGUCCUUUAAGCUGCAUGUUGACUGGUUGGUAACAGCAAAAGACAACUUCAGUUUGCCCUCCCAGUCAGCUGGGGGCGCCAGCACUCACCUCCUGCAGCUCUCCAACCUCAUCAACACAACUCUUCAGCAGAUGAGCGAGGAGCCUCCUCAGUUUCCGUCUCCCUCCCUUCCUGUCGUCUCCACAGCCUUCGACGUGCUCCGGUUCUCCGUUGAGAUCUCUGAACGGUUAAAAGUUUUCUGUAACUGGUCAAAAAGAGUCUUACGGCAUCUCCAAAGACUGUCCCACUGCCCUCGACGUUAAGAGGCUGAUUUCACCGGGGCAGCAACUGUUAAUGUCUUCCUACAAAACCACUGUUAACUUAUAUGAUUUUUACUCAGCAAGCACCAUGCUAGUCAGUCUGUCAGUCCGCCACUUUGAUCCAGACUGAAAUAUCUCAACAACUGUUGGAAGGAUUGCCAGUUUGUGUACAGAUAUAAACUCUGUGCUCAGAGGAUGCAUGGUGACACCUCACACUGGCGGCUUUUCCUUUUCCUGUAGUGCAAUGCUAACGGUACACAGGUUUUCACUCAUCUGUUAUAUUUAAAUAUGUUGUGGAUGGAUUCACACAAAAUUUGGUACACACAUGCGCCCUGACUUUUCCUCCAGCGCCACCGUUAGUUUAGGUUUAUGACUGAAUACCUGCAAACUUAAUGAGACUCCCAGCAGCGUCGCCUCUGUAUUUUCUGCUGCUUAGAAAAUGCCAUCACGCUAACGUGCUAACCUGCGGUGGUGAACAUGGCGGCCAUUAUGGCCGUUUUGCAUCAGCACAGUAGUGUUGUCAUUGUGAGCGUGCCAGCCAGCCGAUGUUAGCAGUUAGCUCGUUGCUAACGCGGCUGCAGACUCUCAGUCCUGUUUACUCGUGGCGAUGUUGUUGGAUGUGGCGGGUUCAGCGUUCAGAAAGUCAGAUUCAUUUCCUGAGUCACGUGACGUGGCAGAGCUGAAACAGAUGCUGAGUUCUCGAUAAUCUGUUUACAUAAGUUUUCAGCUCUGUGUAGGUUUGUGAUAUUAACGUAUUCAGCAGGAAAACAGAAUGUAAGUGUAGUGCAUGUUUGUGAGAACCCGUGUGCGCCACAUUUCACAUGUAGCCUUUUAUUAAUGCACUGAGCUGAGGUACUGUGCUUGCGAUCACCUGUUUACUCCCUUUAAGACUGUUUACAUUCACAGUGCCUGAGGGUGGAUCUACUCAUGAGCUAAAUUACAAGAAGAUGUGGAACAGUUUUUUAUCCUAUUUAGAAUGCUAUUUAUGAGCUUUUUAUACUAUGUGAGUGUUUAGUGUGGGA